AAACAACAACAAAACAUGGCGAACGACAAUGACGACAACUCGCGACGCACUCGCGAGCGCCCCGAAGACAAUCCGUUCAUCGCAUUCCGCCGCUUCGCCGAUUCUCAGGGUCGCGUCACUUAUGAACACCGUCUUCACACUUCCCGCCACCAUCGCCAACUACAACAACGUGCAUCAGGCGCGCAAAGCCUGCCUCUUCAAAAAGGCAGACCAGGCGCAAUGCGAUAGGCUGCAGGAGAUUGAGGGCCAAAUUGCCGGCCUACGAAACGAGGGGCGAGAGCUGUACCGCGUUGGCGACCUGCAGCAGGUGCUGAGGAAGAGCGAGGAGCUGAUGAAGCUCGACCGCCAUGCCGAUGAGUUGAGAAAAGACAUCGUCGGAAAGAGCGACGAGGGCGAAGACUCGACGGAGCUAGUGCACAGAGUGGCGAACAAGAAGGGCCAGGAGUGGGGAUGGGACUGGAGCUGGGGGUUCCCGAAGCCUUUCGACGACGACCGCGACGUCUCCAAUUCGACAUCCCCAUCUGGGCGCGGUCAGGCGCUCGAUUAUCUCCAUCAAUUCGAAAGAGAAUCGAAGCGAAUCUUCGGCGAAGACGCGUACGACGAAGCUAUGGAUGCUGCUUGGACUGCGAUGCAAUCGAGUCCAAUACUGCGCGGCCUCGUUAGCGAUAAGGAGCUGGAACUCAUGCAGGGAUUGAUAUACCGCUCUCGCCCAUACGCCCCGCAGGCGCUGGAGUCGGAUAGCCAGAUGCAGCACGCUGGCGUGAAUUGGCGGGAGGCAUAUGAGGACCUUGUGCGUACGCAGGAGGAAGAGAACAGGGCCAGGACACGUGAACUUCGCAGCAAGGCCAUGAAAGAUGAUCGGUACCGGUCUUACCCAAAGCAGGUACCUUGGACAGACGAGGAACACGAUGACGAACCCAGCUACGAGUACUCGCACGAUCACGAAGACCAGCAUGACGACCCACCUACACCAAAGAUGAAGCACGGCGACAGUUUCACGGAAUGGUGCAAAUAUGCACCUGAGCAGAGCGCUUCCGACAAGCGGGUUAUUGCCAAGUUCCUGUCGGUAGAGCAGCGGGAAAAUGAUCGAUGGCUGGGUACGCGCGGGUCGGAAUCUACUAAUGAUUGGUGCGAUCCUGCUCAAGAACAGAAUGCUUCUGAUAAGCGCGACAUUCAGAAGUUCUUGGCACACCAGCAGCAGAACGGACGAGAACUUGCUCUCAGAGAGUCACUAGAGACAACUGAGACGGAACUCGACGCCUACGAGCAGCUGCUUGAGAAACCGAAGGGCUUCGAUUAUGUAAAAGCAGCACCGAGCAGCGACAGCAAACCAUCAAUCCUUUCGACACUCACUACAACCGAACGAACGGUCGCACCUGAUGGCAGUGUAACGACCAAAGUGGUGCUGAAGAAGCGCUUCGCCGACGGUCGCGAGGAGAGCUCCGAGACUGUACAUACACAACGCGGGCAAGAGCCAGAGCCGUGGGCCACGAGGCAGACACCGGAGGUCAGGAACUACAACAACAACGAUGAAGUUCAGGGGAAGGAGAAGAAGAGUAGUGGCUGGUUUUGGUCAAGCUAGGUCUAUCUUUAUGAGUCGAAUGCUUGAUGCUAUCUGCACGAAGUUGCAUGAUGUUUCGUGAUAACGGCGUUGGGCUUUUGUGGCAGUUGUACACGGUUGAAUGUCGGGCUGGCCGGCGUUUUGGAUCACUCAAAUCUCUUCAUAGUUGUUGCACAUACCCCUCUCAAUACAUUCUAUCUUCGUUAUUCAGUAUAA